AUGGAAACUGUUAUUUUCUGUCAACGACCUAUUGGGGUUAUAUUGAAAGAUGCUUCAGCUGAGAGUACAAAUGUCCUAUUUACGUUUGCAAGCCUUCACUUGCCCAAGUUCUUGUCGGAUGAAUUUUGGCCUCACUUUGCGGAGAUGAUAGCAAGUGAAUCCACCUUGAGAUCAAAUCAGGUAGUCGCCUUGAUAUCUUGGCAACAAACGGGAUUCAGUUACGAGUUCAAAGUAACAACUCCUGACAACAGAAUUAUAGACGAUAAAGGGCAAGCUGCCAAACUGUUUAAACAGUGA